GCAACAUACUGUGUGGGGUUUGUUUCCUGUCAACACAUGCUGUGGCUCCGGCGGCUGUCGGUACGUGUGACAUGGCUGCAAAAUCGAUAUCUUGUCAUGCAUGACACCCACAUGGUCGUGAUGCAACAUUGCGCCUCAGUACUUGGACAUUUGUGAGAUCUUUUUGAGCAGGUGUCCUUUGUUGCCAGUGGCAGGUGGAUGGUUUCAACUCAGUUGUGCAGAUCCCCGAAUGAGCAGCUCAAACGUCCAUUGGUGCUGAAAGCUUGCAGUGGCUAGUCCGGUGUACCAUCAGACAUCCAAAUUGUUUAGAGAUUCACAGCAAACAUAGUUGGUUGAUUAAAGAGAAACAUCGCAAGAAUCCUUCGUCAUUGGCAAAAUGAAAUGUCCACCAGUUGAAUACAUGUUCAUUCUUAUUUUUUCCUAACGGGCGGUUUUGUGUUCAGUCGGAUGUGUUCAUUCCUCCUGUCUAAGGUUUGAUGCACAGGAGGAACCAACCCAGUGAAAAGGUCUCGCAAAGUCCAGACAUCCGGAACUUGCAAGAAACUGUGCCUUUGUGGUGCACGCGAGAAGAGCCGGCACCGGCGUUGUCUGAAGCAGAGGAACGUCUCAGAGGCGCCUUGGAGGCAUUGGCCACCCUGAAGGGAUCGAGCAGUCCAAGGGCUCCAAAGUCGGAGAGCCAGCCUGAGACACCAGUCAGAAGGUGGGAGCGCCGAAGAAAGGUCCGACUAGUGUCGGAAACAUCUCCUGGGCCGCUCACACCAAUGUCUUUGAGCAGAGGCGAGAGGCUUGGGGCGGACACCACACCUGUGAAAAUGCUGCGGCCGCAAUGCCAGGACCUGGCUGCCACACUGAGAGUUUUAGAAGACUUGGCCUCUGCUGCAGAUGCGGCUGCGGAAACAUGGCCUGUCUGCUGGGAUCUCUGCCGCAGGCUACGCCACAGCGCGGUGAGCAAGCUGGCUGAGCUGCGCCAACGAAACGAGGAUGGAAGCCUAUGCUCCAAAGUCCUCGCGCAGGUGAAAUCCGAUGCAGUCUUGGGCCUCGAGCUGCUGGAGAGCUCCGUGACCAACGAGAGCGCUUCGCACGUGGCGGUGACCGGGUGUCGCACGAGGACCUCACCCGGGCCAAGGGAUUUGCGAUGUAGAGAUCCUGAGGAACUCCGGAAGAUCUUGGGAGCUGUUGCUCGGGAUAUGGAAGAUACAUUGCAUGGCCUUCGUGCCAAAAGGUACGCGUGGCCGAAAUGAAUUUCUGGGGACCAUUCUAUGAGAGGAAUGGCAAUUGGGGAUGGGCAUCAUGAAUCAUGUGGGAAG